CACAGUUGGAUGUGGUUGAGGUGUGGUUUCCACACUUUUCGAUUCAGUUGCUUCUAGGACACGACGAUAGACAUGGCUGGCACUCCCUGCACGAACACGUCUUGCUUCAUCAAGACUCCGCAUUCCCACGACGAUCGUUGGCGCGAACCGAAGAUCCUCAACACCAUCUUGGAUCAUGUUGGUAACACCCCUUUGGUCCGCAUCAACAAGAUCGCGGAGAAGGCCGGUCUCAAGUGCGACUUGUUGGCCAAGUGCGAAUUCUUCAACGCCGGCGGAUCCGUAAAGGAUCGCAUUGGCAAGCGCAUGAUCGAAGACGCGAUUGCAUCUGGCCGCAUCAAGCCCGGUGACACGCUGAUCGAGCCGACGUCGGGCAACACGGGCAUCGGCCUAGCUCUCGCCGCAGCCAUCUACGGCUUCCGCAUGAUCAUCACCCUUCCCGAGAAGAUGUCCCAGGAAAAGGUCGAUGUCCUCAAGGCACUCGGCGCGGAGAUCGUCCGCACACCGACCGAAGCCGCGUGGGACUCGCCGGAAUCCCACAUUGGGGUCGCCAAUCGCCUGAACAAGGAAAUCAAAAACUCGCACAUUCUCGACCAAUACACGAACCCGUCCAACCCGUUGGCCCAUUACGACCAAACGGCCGAGGAAAUCCUCGAAUCAUGCGGCGGAGUUGUGGACAUGCUCGUGAUUUCCGCGGGCACGGGCGGCACGAUCACCGGCACGGCCAAGAAGAUCAAGGAAAAGUGUCCAUCGGUGGUGGUUGUGGGAGUGGACCCUCAGGGCUCGAUCUUGGCGCUGCCGGAUACGCUCAACGACCACAACCGCUUGAAAUCGUAUGAAGUGGAAGGGAUUGGGUACGAUUUCAUCCCCGAAGUGCUCCACCGCGAUGUUGUCGACAAAUGGAUCAAGACCAAUGACCAGGACUCGUUUGUGAUGGCGCGCCGCAUGAUCCGGGAAGAAGGGCUGCUCUGCGGAGGGUCGUGCGGGUCCGCCAUGGCCGCCGCCGUCAUCGCCGCCAAAGACCUCCUCCCCGGUCAAAAAUGUGUCGUCAUGUUGCCCGACUCGACGCGCAACUACAUGACCAAGUUUUUGUCGGAUGAUUGGAUGUACGACCACGGGUACGUCCAAAACUUGGACAAGAAACCUGCCAACCAGGCGUGGUGGGCAAAGAAGUUCGUGUCGGAGCUGCCUCUGAACGUCCCGUACACGAUCACGGCGUCACUUCCGUGCAAAGAAGCCGUGGACAUCCUCAAGGCCGAGGGCUUUGACAAUUUGCCAGUUGUGGAUGAGCACAAUGCGAUUGUGGGCGUCAUCUCCGAGGGCAACCUCACGGCGCAGCUCCUUCCCGGGCGCAUUCUGCCCAGUGAUCCCGUGUCGAAAGCCAUGUACAAGCAGUUCAAAAAGGUCAGCACCCACACGACGCUGUCCGAGCUCAGCCGUAUCUUCGACAAGGACCAUUUUGCGCUCGUUGUGACGGAACAGCGCCGCUACUCGGCCGGCGGCGUCGUCGAGACCAAGAGCGUCAUCUUUGGCGUCGUCACCCGCAUCGACCUGUUGACGUUUAUCACGGCCAAAGAAUAAGAAGAAACCAAAGCGGUUUGAUUGUUGA